AUGUUUAGCAACAGAAAAAAUUCCCAGAAGCCAGACGACGAGUUCAUUCAACGAUUUCAGAAAACUUUCUCAGAGGUAGUCCCCUUAGGCUCGCAAUGCAACGCCCCCGGUUUGGGGCAAGUGGCUGGCAACCAACCUAUCACUCCGUCUAGGCUCAUGGAGAGUGAUGGUGUCAAAGUCAACGACACUACACCGCGCGCCGCACAAGACUUGCGAUUUACACCUUCCUUUGUCGACCCGAACUCUCUAUCCUACAUGAACUUCCCAGCCCAACAGAAUGGGUAUUACACACCGAAUUCGGGGGGUUUGGGGCCAGUGUUCCAUAGCCAAGCUGGAGACCUACACACACCCGGCAUGAGCAUGAUCACACCAAUGUCCCUUACCCAACAAAUUCCCGGCCCAAACUUAAGCGCUGGGGGCCAGGCAUUUGGCCUGGACCACUAUGAUCAACACUAUAUCAAUCCGCAUUUUCACAACCCACAGGCAUUCGCCCCACAAGCAUCUUUCGCGCCCAGCGCAUUUGUUCACCGCGAUUCAGGAUACGAUGCUAUGGAUGAGUCUGUGGAUGAAUUGUCGCUAAAUGAUGUCGAUAUGCGGGGAAAUACAUCCCAGUUUGCCGCUUCGACCACACAUGAUCUUUCAGAAUCUCCAGGAUCUAGUGAGAAUUUCCGAUAUCAUGUCACAUUGCGUGCUCCAACUGCUAUGAUCAAGCAUCAGAACGAAAUUCCCAUUUCAUAUCUAAACAAAGGACAGGCUUAUUCAGUUUCUGUCGUCGACUCAAACCCGCCGCCCAUGACGGGUCAGCCGGUAAGAUACCGCACGUUCAUCCGCGUCUCUUUUCAAGAAGAGGAGCAGAGAUCAAAGCCUGCUGCUUGCUGGCAAUUAUGGAAGGAGGGACGUGGCUCUAGCGAGGCGUAUCAGCGAGGCGGCAAGCUCCAGGCGGUUGAAUAUGUCGAUCCGAUCCAAGGAGGCAUUGAAGACCACAAGCAGCGGCAAAUUCAACUGGAGAGUGCAUCGUUCGAUGGAUUUUGUGUCACGUGGACUGCCAAUCCGGCGACUGGAGUACCUGAAUGCGCCAUCUCCGUUCGAUUCAAUUUCCUAUCCACUGAUUUUAGCCAUUCCAAAGGUGUCAAAGGCAUUCCCGUUAGGCUUUGUGCUAAAACGGAGAUGAUUGGUGCAGAUAGCGCAGAUCCUCGCGAAGCCGAAGUAUGCUACUGCAAAGUCAAGCUUUUCCGUGACCAUGGAGCGGAGCGGAAGCUGUCUAACGACGUCGCUCAUGUGAAGAAGACCAUUGAGAAGCUGCGUCAGCAGAUCGCUCAGGCCGAAAUGGGUGCAGGCAAUUAUGGCAAGCGGAAGCGAGCUGGUAACCCUAUCUCUCUGAAGGGUUCUGACCAUCGCCCUGCGAAGAUCUCCAAACACAAGAGGACGUGGUCAAUGAGCUCACAGGAUGGCGAGAAACUGUCCGUGGAAGAUGAUCUUCAUGCAAAGUUAGCAAUGAUGCAGGACAUGUUCACUUCCACUCGGCCAGUGAGUAUUCUCGGACUUCGGGGCGACGAACAAGACGAUCCGGAUCUAUAUCCUGUGAUCUUACCUGGCGACUCAUUUGAUCAGGUCAAGAAGGAGGGCUCAGCGAAGCCCGGUGACCCUCGUCUUAGUAUCGAUGCCUCUGCUUAUACUCUGUCACCUACCAGCAGCAAUGUCUCGAUCAACUCGCCCUGCCAUCCCCCACUGCUUCAGCAGCAUGGACGUUUCUACGAUUCCGGUUACCAGGGAUCAAUGGGCAAUUCAAGGGACAAUUCGCGACCUAGUUCCGAAUUCUCUGGAGAAAAGAUGAUUCUCAAGCAUCCAGUCAAAGUGCAGAGAAUCUCCGGAGGUUCGAAUCUUCCAAUGGGAUACAUCGAAGCUGUGGAUAUCGAUCCCACCUAUAGACCACCUGCGGAGCGUCCUCAAAAGCCGAUUGCAUGUUUCUACAUUCGCUUUCCACGGACUAACCAAAACGGCGAUGAUUAUUACCGUGCAGUCUAUCUGACCGAGCGAACCGUUCGUGAUCUGAUGGAAAAGAUUUCGAUGAAGCAGAAGAUCGAUCCACAGCGUAUAGUACGCGUUCUGCACGUUAAGGAAAAUGGCCUCAAAAUCAUGGUUGAUGACGACGUGGUUCGUGAGUUGCCCGAUGGCCAAGAUAUGGUUGUCGAGAUUUCAGAAGCAUCAGUGUUCGACAAUGCAGUGGCAAACAGUUCUGAUCACCUAAACCCCGCGGUGGAGGUCAAAUUGAGCUACUGA